UUUGUGGAAACGUGUGCGGUCGUAGAACAUCCUCUUUUCCCCCAAACGGCUGCUGCUGUACCUUUCCGCUGGCCAUGGUACGGCGUCCCGAGCGCUCCGCCAGGCGCCAGCCAACGUUCGUUUCUUCUUCAGGAAUGAGGUAUUUAGCCCAAUGAUACCCCGCCGCUAAGAUAAAACCGAGAUCAAGAAGGAAAGCCAGGAGAGAUCGAUCUGAGAUCGUCGCAGCUCUCCGAUGGCGACAAGAUACUGGAUCGUCUCUCUCCCCGUCCAGUCCUCCGCCUCCUCCCUCUGGAGCCGCCUCCAAGAAUCCAUCUCCAAGAACUCCUUCGACACCCCCCUCUACCGAUUCAACACGCCCGAUCUCCGAGUGGGAACCCUUGAUUCGCUGCUCGCCCUCAGUGAUGAUCUCGCCAAGUCGAAUGCGUUCAUAGAGGGAGUGUCGCAUAAGAUCCGGCGCCAGAUUGAGGACCUGGAGCGGGCUUCUGGCGUUGAGGGUGGUGCGCUGACGGUGGAUGGGGUUCCCGUGGAUUCCUACCUCACGAGGUUUGUUUGGGAUGAAUCCAAGUACCCGACAAUGUCGCCGCUGAGGGAGAUUGUUGACACAAUUCAUGUCCAAGUAGCGAAAAUUGAAGAUGACAUGAAGGUUCGUGCAGCAGAGUAUAACAAUAUCCGUGGUCAGCUAAAUGCAAUAAACAGAAAGCAGAGUGGAAGCUUAGCUGUUCGUGACCUUUCCAAUUUGGUAAAGCCAGAGGAUAUCAUCACGUCAGAACAUUUAGUGACACUUCUUGCUGUUGUUCCCAAGUACUCUCAAAAGGACUGGCUGUCAAGCUAUGAAACAUUGACUACCUACGUGGUACCUAGGUCAACAAAGAAGUUGCAUGAGGACAAUGAGUAUGCUCUUUACACUGUAACACUCUUUGUUAGGGUGGCAGAUAAUUUUAAAACAAGUGCACGUGAAAGAGGAUUCCAGAUUCGUGAAUUUGAAUACAGUCCAGAAGCGCAAGAGAGUUGGAAACUAGAGCUGGAAAAAUUAUUGCAGGAUCAGGAAAACAUAAGGAGCUCUCUUUUACAAUGGUGUUAUGCUAGUUAUGGAGAGGUUUUCAGUUCCUGGAUGCACUUCUGUGCUGUACGUGUCUUUGCAGAGAGUAUUCUCAGAUAUGGUUUGCCACCAUUAUUCUUGGCAGCAGUAUUAGCACCUUCAGCAAAAGGUGAAAAGAAAGUUCGAUCUAUUUUAGAAGAGCUUUGUGGCAAUGUCAAUAGCACUUUCUGGAAAUCUGAAGAUGAAGUAGGCUUGGCUGGUCUAGGUGGCGAAGCUGAGGCUUAUCCCUAUGUCUCCUUCACUAUUAAUAUCGUUUAACAUAAAUUGAGCUCAGAUUGCCCCAUUUCAACGAGUUAAAAGACUUUUCUCGUAAUUAUUUUCAAUCACAAUACCAAUGCAUAGUUAUUGUACUGUAUAUUUAUUCCAAUUCUUUUUUCAUGUAUGUGAUAUUCUGCAGAAUUUUGUUCUAGUUUCUAGUAAUAAUAAAUAUUAUGAUCUUUUUGAACCUGAUUA